AUGACUAUCAAUAUAUCCAUCCCAGGGUAUGUGCUAAAUGCACUCAGAAAAUUGUAUCUGGGGCCUAUUCCUGUGAAAGCUGCAACUUUUGGCUCCAUCAAGACUAAACAACAAGAGCUUCCUGUUCAGAUAACACUCGCUCUCCACUCUGAACACUUCCUUGAUCUGUCUUUCCAUGUAUCGCAGGAUUUCAUAUGUGAUAAAUGUGUUUGCAUAGCUCGAGGUUUCAAAUACAGCUGCGAACAUUGCUCCUUCAAUCUUGAUUACUUUUGUGCUUUAAAAACUAAUGAAGAAGGCCGGUGGAGAUGCGUACAUAAAGAGCAAAGAAGCAUUAUUAAGCAUUUCAUCCACCAGCAUGGGCUGAGCCUCUUCAGCUAUAGGAAGAUAUCAAUAUUGAGCUACGUUUGCACUUGGUGUGAGGAGCCUUUAUCAGGCAGUUUAGCAAUCUUUCGGCCUAUUGCAAUGCUUGCAAAGGGGAACUUGAUCAGUAUCCGAAUCGACACUAUUGUUGUUAUGACUGCAACUUCUGGCUUCAUAUUGGCUAAAUCAACCAACUCUAUGCCGGGGUCUAUGAAUAUGGAAUUGGAGCAUGGGGCAACCUCCCUCAUGGUGGAUGGCAAAGUUUCGGUAGAGAAAGUGAUGGAACACGGUGAAUCAGAGCUUGGUGAAACAAUUGAUACUACUAUUUACAAGAGUCGAGAACUUAAAAUGCAAAUUCAGCAUUUCAACCAUCAUCAUCCUUUGAAUUUUCAUGAGGUACACAAGGAAGAUGAAAAUCUUGGCUGCAAGGCUUGCAAGCUGGAAAUUCAUGGUCCAGCCUAUAUCUGUAAAGAAUGUGGAUAUUACCUACACAAAGCAUGCACUGAAUUGCCCAAUGAGGUGCUACAUCCUCUUCAUCCCCAGCAUGCUCUAAACCUUCUUACUAGAUCUCCUAAUACCAGGCACUUUAUAUGUGAUGAAUGUGGGGACAUUUCAGAUGGUUUUCUUUACUUCUGCUGUGAGUGUCAUUUCAAGGUUGAUGUGAAAUGUGCAGGACUGAGUGCUCCUAGCAAUCAAGGCCAAAGGCAAAAAGAGAUGGCUAGAAAAACUAAGAUAUCUCAUUUCAGUCAUGAUCACAUGUUGGUACUUGGCAGUGCAAAGAAAGACUACCACUGUAGCUAUUGCCAACUAGAAAUCUUUGGUCUGGCUUACUGUUGCCUAGACUGCAAUGAUAUUUAUGUUCUUCAUGAAUCUUGUCUUGAAUUUCCUGAAAAGAUGCAACACCCCUUUCAUCCGCUACACCCGCUUAUGGCAAAAAUGUUCCUUACAGAAAGUUGCCAUGCCUGUGAUUUCCGAUUCGUUGGCAUUAGCUAUAGUUGUUUGGAGUGUGACUUACAUCUCCAUCCUACAUGCCUUAAUUCCAUGAGGCGGGCUCUAAAAUUUAACCUUCGAACAUGCAAACUUGAUUUUUUCUAUUUUGGGAUAGGUUGCCAAAUGCUCUUCAACGGAUAUGCAUGUCUUAGAUGUGAUGAAACCGGUGCUGGACCCUUCUGUUUCUGCAUUGAGGCUAAUAUAAGCCUUCAUUUGGAAUGUUUUCCAAUACCACAAAUGGUUAAAUCUACAUAUCAAAGUCAUCCACUUGUUCUUAAGAAUUCAUUUGUUGAGGAUGAUACAAGAGAGUAUUAUUGUGACAUUUGUGAAGAAGAAAGAUUUGCAAAAUAUCAUAUCUAUUAUUGUGAAGAAUGUCAGGACAUGUUCGUUACUCACUUAGAAUGCGUGCUUUUUGAGGUGGAAGAAGUAUUAUCAUGGCCAGUUCCACGAAUAAGGAACAAAUCCGUUGAGUUGGAGGAAGAAAUAGAAGAUCGUCUAAGAGAUUUUGAUCUUCUCUGA